CAAGGAACUUCGUUGUUGUCGUUUAAUGCGUCGCGUGCGUUAUAACCUCGUUUCCCGCAAAAAUGAGUUCGUGUACGGAUCCGCUUCGAUUAAAUGAAAAACGGUUGUUUCAGGAAUUGAAAAAUAAUUUGCCCACAAAUUUAAAGGACACACGGAAUAUUUUUGAAAUUCGUGACAAUGUGUUGUACGUGUGGAAUGCCAAGGAUUUUUGUGUGAUGACAUUAAACGUUGCAACAACACGCGGAGAAAAUGAAGAAGACGUAUUUUAUCAGAAACUUCUACUCACCGAUCCCCCAAUCUUCGAUAUCAAAAAUCUGUUAAUCAAUGAGACGGGAACGCAACUGGCUUUGUGGGGUAACUUAGGGAUAGUUCUGAUGGAGCUACCUAAGCGGUGGGGUAAGGAUGGCACUUUCCAGGGCGGGAAAGAAGAAAUUCUCUGCAUAGUGCACAAAUUCGACCAUUUUGAUGCGACAGUGGAGAUUCGGAAAGCAAGAUGGCACCCUGGAUCUACGAACGACUCUCAUCUACUGGUUCUGACAUCUGAAAAUACGUUUCGUUUGUACAAGUGCGAGGUUGGUAACGCACCCAGACUUCUGAAAUCUUGGAAAGUUGGCCGUGUACCUUAUGGUUCACCAUCAAAAAUACCCGAUUUUUCUUCCCUCGGCGACACAGCAGUGGAUUUCGACUUUGCUACACCCACCUUGCGCAAACCGGAAAUGUUCGCUGGCAAAGACAUCAAUAAGAAUAUCGUGGUCGAUUGGAAUCAAAUUGAGUGGCCGAUUUUAGUUCUUAGAGGAAAUGGAGAGGUGCUGAUUGUUAGGGGCAAUUUUUUGUACGACAGUCAUGAAGUACCAAUAGUAUCGGGAUCGCUCUCCAUGUAUCCUCCAGCGGACGACAAUUAUGGAGUUGACUCGUGUUCCAUCAUGUGCAUACAAACUACCCCUCCUAUAGUAGUCAUCGCCAUGUGUACAGGAAAAAUUUAUCACGCUAUUCUGUUAAAAGAAGAAUUGAACGACGACGAGGAUAAUGACAGAAAAACUUGGUCACAAUGCGGUUCCGCUUACAAUCUUCACACACCGGAAGAGGCACUGUACGUCUACGAGUGCGUUGAAAUUGAAUUGGGUCUGUUUUUCGCGGAUAAAGAUGAAAAGUACAACUGUCCUAUACACCUUCAGUGGGACAAAGGCAAUAAGUCUAGAUACUUCUGCUCCCAUAAUGCUGGUAUCCACAUGGUCACCUUACCAAUGGUCUCUCAAUUGGAAGAAUAUAUCAACUCUUCAGAAGAUAAUGAUGCUAGCUGUCUACCAUCGCUAUUGAACCAGUCCAAUUCACAGUAUCUGAUUUGUAGAAGAACUAAACACACAAAAGCAAAUGAAGCCACACCGAUUCUCGGAUUUGGACUUCUUCAAGAGCCCUGUGUUCUGGUAGCUCUUUUACAUACGGGCGACGUUGUCGCUCGUUCUAUCAUCGACCUUCAUUAUUUUCCGAAGAUUGAACCACCAGAACCCAUAGUUAAAAAAAAAGAAAAAGUUAACAAAGAAGAAUUUGAUAUGUACAUAAAGAAAAUGCUGAAACGCGAAACGUCACAGCCACUUAUAAAAAUUGGAUCGGAGUCUCCGCGGGAAUGCUUGCAGCUCUUGUAUCACGCGACGGACAUCUUCCGCAAAGAACACUUUGCCAAACAUAACAAUGUAAGAGAAGAGAUUGGUAAAAAGGUGCUGGCUUUGAAAGUGAUGAAAGCUCAUUUACUGAAGGAACUGGACACUUUGAUAAAAACGAAGAAAGAAUUGCAGCAAAAUGCUGAACGUUUGGCUGAAAGUUACGAGGACAUUAAAGACGAACAAGAGAAGCUGGCACAGAGAGCAAAAGAAGUGCUGCGAUUAGUAAACUACAAAGAACCUUCUAUGACUCCUGUAGAAAAAGCGGAGGCUGAAGAAUUGAAGAAAAUGGAGGUGAAGAUAGGAGAAAUGAAAAUCAGGCUAUUAGAAUUAAAAAAGAAAUCAGAACAGCAGGCUGGAUAUGUAGAAAAUAAUGAACAUAACGGAAAGAGAAAAGAAAUUGUUUUUAGAGGUGACCAAGAGAAAACUAUUAAAAACAGCCUUGGACACAUGGCAAAAGAUAUAAAAGAAUUAAUUGCGGAAGUAAAAAAGCUGGAAGAGGAGGUUAGUAUUUAAAUUAGAUAACGAAGUAUUAUUAGCAACGUUUGUAAAUUUGAUUUACUAUCAAACUGAUUUGCGUACAAUAAAAAAUGUUUUCAUUUGCAAAA